UACGGCUGACAGCUGAUGCGACAACACAAAUAUCAGCCAGAUUUAGACGACGACGUUGUUAUUACCACAACAAGCUAUGAGAGGCUAUUUGAUAGUCACAGGGUGGCGCUCCAACAUGCACAGUUUGGUGGUACAAGCUCUCGCCAUGAGGCAACUGGGAAGACUGAACCCACGUCAUCUCCUGGCUGCUGGAUACGGACCUGCACAGACGGAAUGGUGUCCCAGAACUAUCCAUACACGCCAGCUGUGGGGCUGCUCCACCUAUCCCACACUGGGUUGCCACAGGCCAGCUCUCUGCGGCAGGGAUGCCGUUCGGAGGUGGACCAUCCAUCAGCUGAGGUUCAAAAGCAACAGGAAGAAAGGGGCUUCGAAGCCAACGCACCAAGAAGAAGAAGAAGAAGAAGAAGAAGAAGAAAAGGACCCAGAGAGCAGUGAUUCUGAGGACGAGGCUGACCUGGUUCCGGAUUUGCCAAAAGACUAUAAAGACGUUGAGAAAUAUGUGCAGUCCUUUCGCUAUGAUGUCCUUUUAAGGGCUGGCUUGGACAUGGCGCGCAACAAAAUUGAAGAUAGCUUCUACAGCAACAAGCUGAGACUAAAUGGACAAAGGCUUAUCAAGAAAAGUAAAACGGUGAAAGUUGGCGACACGUUGGACCUGGUGAUUUCCGAGAACCAAGAUACCAACACUGUUACUUUAAUGAGAGUUGUCCUGAAAAAGGUUUUGGGUGAAUCCAGUAAUGCAGAGAAGUACAAAGUUUCUUUGAGGCGCUGGAAGUUUAUAGCAGUACCUAAAGAUGAGGCCUUUAAGCCUUGAAAUUCUCAACGGUUGGCAAAGUAAAGGCACGCACUUUAUGGACAUAGAAUAUCCUCCUGUGUGAUGGAAGACAAAAGUGUUCAUGAAAAACAUUUAGAGUUGACGUGACUUGAAGGAAGGAGGAGUAGUCCAGGUUACUAUUCAGUCGGCAAAGUGGCAGAUCCCCGCAAAGAUAAUGUUUGACCAUGAGUAGGACCGCCUGCUGGGGCUGUCACUACCAAUAUUUUUAGAAUCGAUUAUUCUACCCCAUCCCAUUGAUUUGCAUUCAAGUGUAUUAAAGCACCUCACUGACGACUGUU